AUGACACUGACAAUUGUGGCACCUUCUCCGGCGACUGUGAAGGAUCCAAGCUGCUGGGACAAGAGCUCAAAGGAGCUUCGAGAGAAGGCAGUGAAAAACAGGGACCAGGUUGUACUGACAUGUGACCUGGCAUCUCCAUUAAACUCAGCGAAGUUUCAGGCGCGUCUGGUUUGUUGCGUGCGCACCUUGCCGCGCUUGAAUGAUGUUAAAAACGCCUUGAGACGACUAAAUACAUUCCGUGAACGGAGCUGCUCCUCUGUUAGAUACGCAGACGACCCCAUCUCUCCAAAUCGAUAUUACGACGGUGAGACACACGUACAUCGUGUACCAAGACCCACCAUAUGGAAGGUUGACGGAUCGGUUGACAGCCGCAUCACCGUCAUUGAUGCCCUGUCGGGUGUGGAGUUGAUGCGUAUUUUGGAGCCAAAAAAAGAUGUCAUGGUGGCUUCACUGCUGCAUGCGCCUUUUCAUGGCCUUAUUAAUAGGCAGCUGGAGGUUAUUCCGAUUGAGCACUCGCAGGAUAUUCUAUCCGUACGGGAGGCCUCAUUGAUUAAUACAGAUUAUGUGUGGGUGGGAUUUGUAGAUGGCUCUAUUCGCCUAUUUCCAACCGAUUAUCGACGCGUGCGGGAGCAAGAUCGAUCGGUACUGCUGGCGAGAGGUGAAUUGGCAGAUUUAGUGUAUGAGUUACCAAAGCAGCAUAAAGCAGCUGUCAUUGCCAUCACUCGUAGUCCUUGCCAUGAUGAUGGUGGGGCGACCGAUUUAGUUACAGCGAAUCGGUUGAGUAGCGCCAUUCGUGAGCUCACUGCGGCGACCUCGCGUGGAGGUCUAGAGGAUCGUGAACACCUCUCUCUUGUAUGUACCGCUUCAGAGGAUUCUUGUGUGGUAGUGUGGGACCUGAAAAAAAUUUACCGUUGUCUGGAAGAGAUGCGGGUGAGUUCGCAAAGUGCAGGAAUAACACGAUUUGGUGUUGACGCGCCAUCGUUAUCGUUUGGGGGUGAUGUUGUCACAUUUGAUGUGACUCCCACGACGGAUCACCCCGGCUGUACGGUGCGUUCAACGUAUACCCUAGUGAAGGUGCGACCUCUGUUUAGGCUCAAGGGCGGCGUUGGUGGAUUGCGCACACUCAACUGGGUCACUUCUGCGGUGACGACGCUAGGGUAUCAAAAAAGCCGCGACGUGGUGACCAUGACACGAGACCCAAAGGAGGCUACAGCGCCGCAGUUUCUCAGGGAUCGCCGCGCUGUGCAGCAAAUGACUCGCUGGGAAAGGCGUGAGGAGCAUCGUGUGAUGCUCCAGUUGUCAGAGCGAAAUAUGCGGGAAGUGGAGGAGGAAUUGGAGCAGUUGAUGCCGCCCCUCGCGCCAGAGUCACCGCAGCGUAAACGUGUCAACCUGAUCAUCGCUGGUGACGUGCAUGGCACCCUCCACUUCUGGGAUUUGGACGAGGAGCUUGAAAAAAGCGUCGGCGAUAUGGCCUCCGUGGCAUCGAAUUCCCCCACAUUAUCUGUCCCGCGUGAUUCUCGAACUGGGCGGAGUCAAGUGUCCAUACAUGACCACUCAGUUAGUCCACGCAGGCGAUACGCGAAAGAAUCCCCUGUAGUAUCGGUGCGUAGCUCAAUGGAAAGGAGGGGUAGCGAAGGGAAUGCAGUGAGUCGGCAGCUACGAGCUUCUCCUCGCAUUUAUGCCACCUGUGAGACAAAAGAAAAAACACGAACGCGACGAUCCGGACGCGAUCUGGUCGACAAGGAGAUCCCAUCGUUGUGCGCUUCAUCAGCUACGCCGAGUGAUGCUAAAAGGUCAGGAAAAGGUCGUAACAUAGCCGCAGAGAAGAAUUUUAAAACCCCGCAUAAAAGCGUUACCAAAUCUCCGUCUGUAACUAAACAUGACACGCAGUCAGUGAGGCGAUCAAGUUUGCAUGAGGUAAGGUCUUCUUUUGCCUUACCAAAAUCUUUCGCUUUACUGAGUAAACAAAAAGAGGAUUCAAAUGUAACCUUAUUGCCUGUUGCAACUUGCCGUGGUUCAUGUCCUGUAGAAGGAAUGAGACGAAGUGGUAAGUAUCUCGUGACGUCACCACAGGCAAAGCAGCCUCUCUCUCAAACCAUGAAGAAGACAUUAUGUGGCAGUCUGACCCAACCCGUCUCAGGUCGACGAACACUACAGAGAGUUGAGAAUUCGACCCCUGCAGCCUCCAAGAGUUCGCGAAGAAGAGGUUCGAAGGUUUUGGAGCCCGGCACAGGCGUCACGAAACCGAAAAAGCGUGUUGGUGAUAGGGAAAUUAUGACCCCUUGCGCGAGGAGAUCUUUCCAGGGUGAUUUAUCCAUGGAGGAAGCAAACAAGAGUGCGUUGAAGGUGAAGCGGACGCUGCCUGAAAUUGAAAGCCCAUUGACUCUGCCAUGGAACUCUGGUAGAGCGUCUGUCACGUCCUCCUACCUUACAUCAGGUCGUUGUAGUCCAACCGGACGUCAGUUCCCAACGGACGCUACCCAUACCACUUGCUCAGUGAAGGGCGCGACACCGAACCGAUUGAUAAGCGGCCAUCGAUAUCUUAAUGAUAUGUACAGUCGUAAAGCAAAAUGUCAUAUGGAUCUAAUAGAAGGCGGCACUGUAACCGGCAUUGCUGUAGAUCUUCCCCCCAUUAUUACUGUGACGAUGCGUUGCCUACCAGACCCACCGGAGCCGCAUUAUUCUCUAUUGGAGCAACCUACCGAGGAGGAAAUUCGUAGCCGUGAGUUAGCCAAUAGCUUUUGUCCUUUAACCAAUGAGCGUGCUCUUUUUUGUGUGUUUGAACGGAUGCAAUUUUAUGUCUCUGUCGAGCGGGCACUUGUGAAUAUCCAGUGUGUGCCUAAAAUGCGUGCAAAUGUUUUGGACUAUCGCGUGUUUACUAAACCAUUGCUUGAAAAUCGUCUAAUUGAAGAACCGACCCCAUUUAAUUUUGACAUCGUCUUCCGGAGACAUGUUUUAGAGCUGCAUCCUCAACCCAUUGUGCGUCUUUUUAUUGAUCAUGUGAGGCAUCAACUUUGGGUGGCGCGGAAUCAUGGACUACUAACUGUUUUUUCAACCGAAACAAAAUCUAUUGUUACUCGUGUAGCAGACCCUGCUGCUGAGAUAGCGCUCGGGCCUCCUAAUGUCAUAGAAUGGAAACGUGUACAGCGGGAAAUGGCGUUGCUCGAACAGCAUCCGAUUUACGCAGAGAUGCAUAAGGAGUCUCGAAAAAACCGGCCUGGACACUUUACAGGUUUUUGGCCAGUUUCUCUUUUACAAAAAUUUGAACUUGUGCGAAUAUCGCUACUGCAUGAGUUGGAGUCAGGCAGUGAUUUAUCUAUAGGUGCUCCCGAGUCGAUGAAGGCUCAGAUUACGUUUAUUGAUGGCAACUGUGCACUUGAUACGCAUGCGAGGGCUCGCGAGUUCAGCCUAAGCUUACUUUUAGAAAAACUAAGGGUGUGCCGUCAAAAUGCGUUGAUAGUGCGGCGGGCGCAAAAGGAUAGUUAUAACCUUCUUUUCAACGCAGUUGCGGAAAGGAUAGGGUCACUGAUUGGGCGGUGCGCCACCUUUAGUGUGCUGCAUGCCGCACGUAAAAUAUUUUGGGCCUGGGCACAUCACCGAGACUACUACCCCCGUCACUACGUUCUACGACAGUUGCGGUUGCGGCGACGGCUGCAGCUUUUACAGUUGAAGGACGCCAUGUCCCUGAAUUUUGAUACAAGACUCAGGAGUGUUUACUUCACCAAGUGGCAUGUGCUUGCGCGCGAGCGUCGAGGCUAUCAACAGGAAUUAAGACUUGCAAAGGUCUUGGGGGCGAGGGUGGAUACUCCGAUGCGAGAAAAGUUUGCCAAUUUCAUGGGGGAGCAUACUCAACGUCGGCGGUACUGGCUGCUGUGGAAGUCGGCGCUGGCUUCGAGAGUUCGCCCUCAUGCGUUCCCCUCCCUUCGUCAGAGCGUGAUUCCGGUAAACAGCAUGAGUAUCAGGCAUAUUUCCUUGCCGACACUUUUGCAGUCCUCGCGGCCUAACCCCGUUUCUCGCCCGAGAGGUCCUGAGCGUGAAGGAGUUUUUUGUGACGUGUACGCGAUUCUCAGUCAGGUUUAUGGCCUUCGUCACACACUAAUUUCUUUUAGGUGGGACGAGGCAGCAGAAAGCGUCUUGGAUGUGGAGGAUUCAUGGUUUGACGCCGUUGAGGCCGCCACUGAGGAAGCGGAGGAGCAGACAGCACAUGAACUUAAACUGGCUGUUUUCAAGUUUGCGUGUAUCCCUUUUAUGGAAAGUCUCUUGUCAACUGCGCAGGAGGUGUUGCCGUGUAUUCGUGAGGCCCCUGUCACCAAGAAGGUGCGAUCGCUGAUUCGAGGCUGUUUGCUCUGUAUCGAUUUCCUCUAUGCCGAUGCGGGAGAUCUUGCCUUCUUGGCAGAAGCGAGAGAGGAAGGGAUAGCUUCUUCUGGUUCCCUCUUUUCGCAAGAGGAACGAGCGCCUUCCGUGGCUCAGGUAAAGAUGGGAAGAGAACAAGAGUUGCGGCAACUCUUCGAUGAUGCCAUGGAAUGCCGUGAGUUCCAGACAGCGCUCGAGGCUGUCGCCGCACACCGCACCGUGAUUGAGGAAUUUUUGCGCGCAUUCUCCGAUCAGUAA